AUGAAAAAAGAGGAGUUUGAGAAUGAUAUAUCUAAGUGGCUUUUUGAUGAUAGAGUUGAUAAAAUCGAUGAAAAAGAGGGAGAGCAUGAGCUUGAGAAUGAUACAUUUGAGUCGAUUCUUGAUAAAAGAGUUGGUGAAGUCGAUGAAAAAGAGGAAGAGGAAGAGGAGGAGAUGGAGGAAUUUGCAAGUGACAUCUAUGAGUCGCUUCUUAAUGUUAGAGUUGAUGAAAUUGAUAAAGAAGGGGAGGAGGCGGAAGAAUUUGUAAAUGAUAUAUCUGAGUCGAUUCUUGAUGAGAGACUUAAUGAAAUCGAUGAAAAAAUAGAAGAAGAGGAAAAAAGGGAGGAGAUUCUUGAUGAUAGUGUUGAUGAAACAGAUGAAGAAGAGAAAGAGGAGGAAGUAGAGGAGUUUGAAAAUGAUAAAUCUGAGUCGAUUCUUGAUGAUAGAGUUGAUAAAUCACUGAAUAAAUAG